AUGUUAGAGUUGUGCGAUGCUAAUGGCUACACAGCAUGUUGCUAUGCUGCAAUGGCUGGUAAUCUUGAACUGCUUCGUAUAAUGAUGGAGGCCAAUCCAUUCAUUGCCAAUGUACGGAAUGGGUAUGGGACGACGGCGUUUGAGCUUGCAAUUUCCUAUGGAAACGCACAAAUACUUGCGUAUUUUCUAAAGGAAAUUGAGAUAAAAGAUGUGGCUUUGAUGAUACUGGAAAACAAAGGAAAUCUGGCGAUAAAGCAGGAUGAUGAUAAUCGUACAGCUUUGCAUGUGUUGGCUCAGCUGGAUAUCUCAUCAGGAGAAGAUGGAAAAGGGCAAUUUUGUGUUGGGGUAUUGGCUAAGAAGCUAUGGGAUAAUAUUCAGAAUUCGGGAACGAAAACAGUGGUGGAGCUGAUGAAAAAUCCUCCGAUCCUACAUGAUGCAGCGAAAGUGGGUAACCUGGAUAUUAUAGAGAUGAUUACAUUUGAUUACCCUCAUCUUUUAUCACACGUCGACCCACACGGAUACUCUAUUUUUCACAUCCUUGUUAUGCAUCGAAUUCCGAGCACCCUCAAGCUCAUCAGUAAAGUAAGAAAUGUCAAGAAAUUCGAUGCACUGGUACAAGACAAAGAUGGUAAUAAUCUUCUGCAUUCGACUGGGACAUCCAUACAUCCGGGUCAUCUCGAGAUUGUACUCGAGCCAGAUGUUCAAAUGCAGAGAGCCCUCGCCUGGUUCAAGGCCGUAGAGGAAAUUGUACCACCCUUUUAUCGAGAGAUGAGAAACAUAAAAGGGUAUACACCUGAAGAACUAUUCUGGAAGGAGCACGCCGAACUGUUAGCAACAAGCCAAGCAUUUAUGAAGAGCACAGCAGAAUCUUGCAUGCUAGUCUCCACCAUUGUUCUGACAUUGGUGUUUGCUGCUGCGUUUGCUCCCCCAGGUGGAUUUGAUCAAGUAACAGGGAUUCCUAUACUCUUAAAGAAGAAAUGGUUCGCAGCUUUCAUCAUAUUCCAAGUGUUUAGCUCGACCAUGAGCAUCAUAGGUUUUUGGUCCAUCAUUUCAUCCAACUACGUAUACAAAAAAAACCGUCAGAUAUCCACGCUGCCGUAUUACUUGAGGCUUUUGAUAUGUGUUCUCUUGCUGUCUGUGUUGUUCGUCAUCUCUGCUUUCUUGUCGGCCUUCUUUCUGGUGUUCGUUCAUGAGAGGAAAGCACUUGUCGUAUCCUUUAUGGUUCCGCUUUACUUGGUGCUUGUGGUCGGAAUUUCCUAUAAGGUGUUGCGGAAGAACAAGCAGCAUUAUUCCCGGAUUGAGGGAAAGAUCAACAAAGGACAGUAGCUUGUGUGGCGUUUCUUUCUACCCUUCUUGUCUUUCAAACUUAUAACGGUGUUGCAAUUGUGUCAACUGUUGUAUUUUGCGUUCAAUUCAUCACAACUUCUAUCGCUCCGAUCCAUGUUAAUUAACUCUCUCUUUCUGUAAAAUCCCCAUUUGGCCUCU